AUGCAUCCCCUGCUCUCUGUGGCUGCGGUUGUGGGGUUGUUGAGUGGACUGGGGCUGGCUGAUGCCCGCAAGACGGAGCCGCUGAGCAGGUCCAGUGACCAGCCUCUCUUCCGUGGAGCAGAUCGCUACGACUUCGCUAUUGUCAUCCCUGCGGGGGGCAUUGAGUGCUUCUGGCAGUUUGCGCAUCAGAGCGGCCAGUUCUACUUCAACUAUGAGGUGCAGUGGACUUCCGGGCUGGGCAAUGACAGACACAUCUUGGCCACUGCAAACGAUCCCAACAGCCUUCAUCUCGGCUCCUCCGAGGAUAUACGAGGGCAGAUCAACUUCCCAACCAAGGAGACAGGUUUUUACCAGCUGUGCCUGAGCAAUCGUUACAACCACUUUGGCUCUGUGCAAGUUUAUCUCAGCUUUGGGGUCUUCUAUGAUGGCUUCGACUUACAAAAUGCACCUGAACUUCAGAGGAAAAGGUUCAACGACACACUGGAGGCAAUUGAGGCAAGCACCCAGAAGGUGACCGGCCAGGUCUUCCACAUGUGGCGCUUCUAUAACUUUGCUAGGAUGAGGAAGGGGGUGGAUUACUUCCUCGUCCAGGCCAACUACAACUACGUCAACUGGUGGUCAGCAGCCCAGACGGUGGCCAUCGUCCUUUCUGGGGUCCUGCAGCUGUACUUCCUCAAGCGCCUCUUCACAGCGCAGGCUGCCAACAAGCCGCCCUGCUAGACCUUCACGGAGCAGCCGGAACACUCCCCUGAU